AGCAGCGGCCGGGAGCGGUCCCGCAGCGAUCCCGGCAUGGGGAACAUCGCCUGUGUCCCGCAGGCUCCCGGCGGCUUCAGGAGCUCCUUCCGAAGGAAACCCUCGCUGAAGAAGGAACAAAAUGGCAAGAAAAAGCUGCCCAGCUUAUUUGGGAUAGAUGGAGGCCAGGAGAGAGACACGACCACGGACAAAAUCCUGCAGUAUAUUCCAGCCAAGAUUAUUCAGAAGCAGGAAAACCAGAAGGAAAACUUGGACCAGAGGUUCCCCAGCCUGUUCAAGAAGGGCCGAAGAAAAACGGUUGUCAGGAAUUUGGGCAAAAUUAUUUAUUACUCCAAAGUCAAGUUUAAGUUCCAGUACUGCCAGGAGGUCAACAGCUGCUUCCUGGAGCUGUUCCAGUCCUACCUGUACUUCCAGUCCACGGGUCCCAACGGCCUCACCUACCAGGGGCUGCUGCCUCUGAAGGAGCUGGAGGUGCGUGAGCUGGGCGCUGGGCAGAGCCCGGGCCAGCAGGACCACGCUUUCCACAUCUCAGGGCCCCUGCUGAACCCCCUGGUGGUGUUCUGCCAGUCUGAGGCCGAGCUGAAGCAGUGGCUGUACCACCUGGAGAAGCAGAUCCAGCUCUGUGGAGGGAGCCUGGCCUUGCCCCUGCUGUCCCAGAGCGGCUGGACGCAGAACGCCGGGGACAAGGAGGAGCUGCGCUGGUCCGUGCAGAACCUGCCCGUGCAGGAGUGGAGGGGCACCCAGAGGGAAUCCCUGGGAGAAAUCCUCUGCGUGUCCAAGGUGAAGCUCCAGCACCUGCCCUUCCAGGAGCAGCACGACCGGCUCCUGGUGCUCUACCCCUCCACGCUGGUGAUCGUGUCCAAGGAGCCCAGUGGCCUCUGUUUCAAGGGAGAGCUCCCCCUCAACGCCAUCCAGGUGCUUUUUGAGGAGAACGACAAAACCUCCUUUCUCAUCGAAGGCCGACUGAUAAACUCCAUCCGGGUGACCUGUCCCAGCUACCAGGACUACCAGGAGUGGCUGUACUGCCUGAAAACCGCCCAGUUCCGAAACGCAGACUCCUCCCUCUCGGGCUCCGAGAGCUUCUCUGUGGGGUCAAAGCCGCCACACCCCAGCCAGAGCCUGGCACAGCCCAGCUGGCCCAGCUCAGGGCUGCCCACGCAGGAGCUGCGCAGGGGGAACAGCGCCAGGAAAUCCAAGGGCAAGAGCAGCGGGCAGCAGGCGCCCAGCCAGGAGCCGGAGAGGAGCGUCUGCAGCCUCAUCCCCGAAAACCCCGCGGGAGAGAUGCAGUCCCCGGUGUACCAGGAGCCCUACUCAGCACACGGCUCCCAGCACCACCCCCCGGCACAGCUGGAGCUGGGCAGGUUCCUGCAGUGCCACGGGCAGACAGGACCAGCCCAGGGGACUGUGCCAGGUGCCCAGCAGCUGUCCCUGGAGCAGUGGCACUGCCAGCCCCUGCCAGGGCACUGCAGGGAGGUGCCCACCGUUCCCAUCUACAGCACCCCGGGCACCUCACGGCGGCUGCAGCUGCGGGCACCUGCCCAGGGCUCCUACCUGGGGGAGAUGUGCUCGCUGCCACAGGAACAGCUGGGCCCUGAGCUGCAUCCCCCAGGUGAGGCCCUGCAGGCUGGGCUGGACUCCACGUCCUACCACGACUACGCGGAGCUGCAGAGCUUCCAGAGCGACCUGAGCUACGACAACCUGUGGGAGGCGGAGGAGAAGGAGCCGGGCAGCCCCCGGCGGGCCCCGCAGGUGUUCCAGGUCUGAGCGCUGCUCCCGGCAGGAGAAGCCCCGGCACGGGCAGGGAGGAGCCCCGGGCUCUGCUCUCCACGGCCUGGCAGCUGCGGGGUUCAGUGCCAGCCCCAAACCCCGGCGUGGGGCCCGGCAGAGCAGCCCCAGUGGGGCUGCAGGGGCAGCUGUGCCCAGGAGGCUGCCCAAAAAUCCAGCUGUGCCCCCUGAAAAUGCCAGAGCGAAAAGGGUCAGGCUCCCUCGGGUGGAGGGGACGCGGGGUUCGGAGGGAGAACCCGAAAGGUGCCUGGGUUAGUUGGGUUCCUUUGCGCCAGAACCCUCAGCUGGUCCCUGUGAGGAUCCCUGGGAACAGCCAGAGCUUCCCCCAGCCAGCUCUGGAGGCUGCCAGGAUGCCCAGGGCAUUCCCCAUCCUGGCAGCUCACAGCCUUGUCCUGCUGCCAGAGCAGAGGCAGCAGACAGAAAACCGAGGGGGAGAAACCCCAAAACCCCAGCCAGGUCUGAGCACGGUGGGGUUUUCUUUCCACCUCACGCCAGAAAGGUUCCUUCUUGCCACUGCUGCCUCCAAACCUGGUGCCAGCAAAAAUGCCAGGUGAUCUGUGCUCCUUGAGGUCUUCCCUGCAGAGGAAACCCCAAAUCCCCCCAAAUCCGGGGAUCCCUCCUUUCCUCCCUGCCCUGGGCUCACCCCAAACGCUGCCUGUGGCUGUCCAGACAAGAAGGGGAGAAAAUCCCCCCCAGGAGAAACUCCAGGACAGCCAAAGUGACCAGAGCAGUGCCAGGGGGGCUGGGGUGUCCCUGAUGUCCCUCUGGGCCCCUCCAGAGCCAGGACAGGACACAAACAAAAUCUCAGGGUUGUUAUUUUCCAGAUCCUUUUGGAAGGUCAGCAGCAAAUCCAAAUGUUUUCACCUGAGGCUCUGAAUUCUUAACCUUUGUUCCCAGCAGAGGCUGCAAAUCAAACACAGCAACAAAACCUCUGCUUUGGUUCUUUCUCUGGUGCAACCACAACCAUUUGUACUUGAAUAUCUCUGGUUGUAUUUCGGGGUUUUUUCGGGAGGUGCCCAACAAGGUUUACAUGUAAAGGCUGAGUGGGUUCUGUGUAUGUAAAUGUAAAUGUGGCUGGUUGAAGAGCUGUUGAAUUUUCUAGCUGUGGCUGGUGUUCAGUUCUGUAAAACACGUUCAGGAGCGUGUGGCUUCGGGUCUUGGAGCUGUUGGUUGUUUUCUCUCAGGUUUGCUCUGUUUUGGGGAGGAUUUGUGUCUGAUAAGCCCCAAAAGAUCCAUUUAUUCUGAACAAAAUGUGCUGGGGGACAUCCCAAAUGUACUGGGGGGGGGUCUC